AUGAUGAUGAUACUGUCUUUGUGUACUUUCACCUUUUUGUUCCUCCCUCUCGUUGGUGCCCAGUACGGAGGAGGUUCUAGCGAUACUACUACGACCACUGCAAGCUCAAAAACUACGCGUUCAACUUCAAGUGCCACCCAAUCUGUUGAUGUUGGUGAAGAUGGCUUUACCUUCAAUCCCGACACUAUCCACGUCCCUUCGGGUGGCGUAGUCGAAUUCCAUUUCUAUCCAGGCGACCACUCUGUUGCCCAGGCCGCUUUUGAUAAUCCAUGCCAUUCCAAGAGCGACACUAGCUUCUUUAGCGGAUUUAUGGCCUCUGCCCAUGAUGGAUCGCCUGUCUGGUCGUUGACCGUUAAUGAUACAAAACCGAUCUGGUUCUACUGCGGCCAAGUUGGACAUUGUCAAGCCGGCAUGGUCGGUGUGAUUAACCCGUCUGGAUCGGAUACGCUUGAUGCAUUCAAGUCGGCAGCUUCGAGCGCAAAGGGUCUGAGUGUGCCAACCACGGCUCAAGGUGGCAUUCUCGGUACGCCAAGUGCUGGUCAGUCGACCGCGACUCCCAGCAGCAAGACUGCUACAAGCGGUUCAGCCACUACUAGCAGUUCGGUUGCCACCAGCAGUUCGGUUGCUACCAGCAGUUCGGUUGCUACUAGCAGCAUGGCUAUGUUCCUGAUGUAG